AUGAUUGAGGAAACGAUGUUCGACUUAAAUGAAGAAAGGAGACAAAGGCUAGAGACUGGCGACGGGCGGACUGGAUUGACGAAUGACUCUACGUGGGUGAAGGAGAUGAAAUGGGCACAGCAUUUCAGCGGUAAAAACUUCCGCCAAAUACACGAAGCAACGCAUUCUAUUCGGUCCGCUGGUAUGAAGGGGACGAAGAGACAACCGGAUGAUGAGGCAGCAAAGCAGGAGGCUAAGGCGCUCGACUUACUAUGCGAGAGUUUAGAUCGCGAGGUGGAUCGCUGCAGCUGGCGCGUCAAGGCUGUGCCAAAGGAGGUGCUACAGUAUCUCCAUGGGAUAGAAGCUGGCAAGCCCAAUAGCUUACCGUUCAGCUAUGAUAAGGGAGAACGAUCCAGGCAGAAGUACAAAGCUAUUGGCUACCGCUAUCUUGGGUUCUGCUGGCGGGCACACCAACUAGGGCGAGUACGGGCUAAAGAGGAACUGGGCAUGGUGUUCACAGAGGAACAAUGGGGCCACAUCAGCGAUAUCGUGGAGGAGAUCAGGACCGAACUAGGUCGUUUGUCGAACCCAAGAAACAAAGAACUACUGCCAACAGACGACAGCGGUUACUUGAGCGAGGACAGCAACAUCGGUGCGGAGGACGAAUACGACGGCCACAUGGCAGCUGAGGCUCGCACAAGUCUGGACCAAGCGGUCUUUUGCUUCAUGGCGGCGUCCAUCAAGUGUAAAGUCGGAGGUACAUGGUAUAGCAAUGCGCUGCUUUGUUUCUGCGCCGCGGCUGGGGUCCAUGGAGCGUCCGAGGGUUACCAAGAGGCAUGGCUCUAUACAGGAACGCUGGCCGCUCUGCAGUGGCUGAUUCGACUAUUUUUUCUGGAGGACUACUGGCAAGGACGGCCGCUCGCGCUGGACGAGGUGGACGUUGCCGCUAUGGAGGGUUUUCGCGAGGAGCAUGCACGCUGGAUGUGCGUUGGUACAUUUACAGUCAUGAGCCGAAUCAUCAACUGGAUGGCAUAUGGCAAGGGACACAGGAACAAGACGGGUGGCACGCCAUCGGUUCGCUGGAGCGAGGACGAGUCGACGCUUUACCACAACGGUGACGAGCUCGUAGUAAGCGAGUUCCAGCAUAUGGCGCGCGACAUGAUUGUGCAGGCUGACACGAUAGCCAACCAACUAUUUCGUGGGCAAUGGGAUGAGCUUAGUCAAAGCAUUCUUAUGAGCCGGAUCAAGGAUCACAUGGCGAGACGAGGCACCGGGCAGUCGUUUGUGCACGACGACCGCAACCAAUGGCUGGAGCCCGGGCCCGGAAAGGUACUACGGGCCAUCGAGACGUCCGUCUUUAACCCGACGACCGCCACAUGGAAGUACAACAACGUGCACAGAUGGCUACAGAGACUGCGUCGAUUCCGGGAGCUGCUGUAUGCCAUAUCGCACAUAUGGGGCGGUCAGCCGGGCCGUGGUCCCGAGGUUGCCACUAUGCGGCAUUGCGACAGCCAGCAACUCACACGGAAUGUAUUGGUGCUUGAUGGGCAACUGACGUUUAUUACGGAUCGUGAUAAGAUGAAGGCCAUCCGCGAUCACGGGCGAAAAGUGGCCCGGUUCCUACCCGACCCCGCCGGGCGGUUGGUGGUGGCAUAUAUCGCGUGGCUGCUCCCGGCCGAGCAAAUGCUACUACGCCGAUGUUCGUUGCCGGAGCCGGAAGCAAGCGAGGUCGAGUUUAUGUGGCGGCACCGCGCAUCCAAGGCAUGGGAUACCGACCGGCUGAGCAACAUACUUGGUCGUCUCACGCAGGAGCAUGUCAAACUGCGCAUGGGCGUGGCCCGGUACAGAGUCGUCGCGAUUGAGUUAGGGCGAAGGGUCCGCGGGCUGGUUAUGAAGCAGGUCGAGAGCCAGGCCGGCGAGGCAGACGAUGGUGAGGAGCUGGAGAUUGACGACUUUACCGGCGAAGUCAUCCGCUACCAGGGCGGCUAUAACAUCGUGUGGGACCUACAGGGCACGCACGGCACGAAGAUUGCACGGCAAGGGUACGCGGUCCACAUCGGCGUACCAGGUCGGCUACAGCCCGAGCUACUGGCUACGUUCCGAAGCAUCAGCCGACUAUGGCAUCAGUUUUUACGCGAAGGCGGACUCGAGGCAGGGGGCGUACAGCGGCGGCUUGCUGGAGAUGAUGGCGGGUCCGAGCGGGCAUGUAAGCGACGAAGGGUUAGCAAGGACGACAAGGACGGCGAGAACUUCGAAAGGCGGAUCGUGCAUGGGCUGCAGAGGCUCAUGGGGCCGAGUGCGACAUGGAAGUCCGCCAAGCAGGCCGAGUGCAUGCGUAUGAUCGCUUCACUGGACGGCGACCGAUGCGGGCUGUGCAUCCUUCCCACCGGUGCCGGAAAGAGUUUAUUGUUUAUGAUCCCGGCUGUGAUGGACGAGGGCGGGACUAGCGUGGUGAUUGUGCCGUACACAGCACUCCGGCUUGAUCUAUAUGAGAAGGCCCGAGAGAGGGGGGUGGACGUCAUCAUGCUGGAGCCGGCCGCCAUCGCGGAACAAGAACAAAUGCCGCGGACGGCGCGGAUGGUCAUUGUCAGUGCCGACUCGUGCGAGGUGGAGAGCGUUCGGGCGUAUCUGGACAUGCUUCACAAAGAAGAGCUGCUUGGGCGCAUCUUUAUUGACGAGGCGCAUGUGGCCAUUACAGAAACCACAUUCCGGCAGAAACUCGUACAGCUCAACACGGCCGCGCGGUAUCGGCGGCCGGUCGUGUUGCUGACGGCGACACUGCCGGUGCGGUUUGAGAAGUGGUUCCAUCGCGCUCUGCUGGCCGGGGACGCGGUGACCAUCCGCGACGAGGCAUUGAAGCUCAACUGCCGGUAUGAGGUGGAGAUGGUGAAGCCAGGCACAGCUACCGUCGACGAUCGAGUGGUCCAGCUCGUGUCGGGGAUCAGCAGCACCAUGGUCAGCGGCCAGCGGGGUGUGGUCUACUGCCGUUCGAUCGACCAGUGCAAGGCAGUGGCCGAGGCGAUCGGGUGCCCAGCACACCAUGGUGGCAUGGUGGCGGAGGAGCAGGCGAGUGCCCGGGUCGGGUGGGCUUCCGGGAAGGGUCAUCGCUGGAUCGCCGCCACGACGGGACUGGGGACAGGCAUCGACAUCGAGGGGAUCGUAUCCGUCAUCCACGCCGGACUGCCGUACGGGAUUGUCGACUUUAUCCAGCAGACGGGGCGAGGGGCUCGACGCAACGGCGAAACCGCCAGCACCAUAAAGAACAAGGAAUGCUUGCCACCUUGGCUGCACACCGCCGCUUGGAAACGAGCCUUAUAUUAG